UUUUCUACAAAAUAAGAGUAUGGAUAACGAGAAAAUGAUGAAAAUGCCUAUGCCAAGUACUGAUGGUGUGAAAGUAGCAGUGCGAGUGCGACCUUUUAGUCAGGUUAGUGGUAAAUGUUACAUUGCCUUGUUGAAGAUUAUAAGAGAUUUGCUCUCUAGAACCAAAAGGCCUGGGGGCCUAAAAGUCAGGGAGGAUCAGCACCUGGGCUUUUAUGUGGAAGGCCUCAAGUCUGUGCCUUGUGCGAACUACGCACAAAUUGAAAAGCUGAUGGAACAAGGAGCGAGAAUCAGGACCACAGCUUCCACCAACAUGAACGCCAGCAGCAGCCGGUCCCACAUGGUCACCACCAUUCGGUUCAAGCAGAUUUUUCUAGACAGAGCUCUUACCAAAGAGUCGAGCAUCAAUUUGGUGGACUUAGCAGGAAGUGAAAGACAGAAAUCUUCAGCGUCUGAAGGAGACAGACUGAGGGAAGGAUCGCGAGUUAACCUGAGUUUAACCAAUUUAGGAAAAGUCAUCAGUGCUCUGGCUGAUGCCGCCCUGAGGAAGAAAGUCCUGCACGUUCCCUACCGAGACUCUGUCCUGACCAAACUGCUCCAGUCAGCUCUGGGUGGGAACAGCAGAACUACUCUGAUUGCAGCCAUAAGUCCAGCUGACAUCUGCUAUGAGGAAACUUUGUCAACAUUAAGAUAUGCUGAAAGGGCUAAAAAGGUCCGGAACAAAGCCGUUGUCAACACCGCCACACUGGCAAGAGAGUCAAGGGCAGAGAACAGCAAGCUACUGCUCGGAGGUGGGACCCCUGGAGUGGCAGAGUUUAAAAUCUUCUCCUCUUUCCUGGCAGAACACCAGCUGGGGACUCUUGCUGCCCAGGGAACCUGGGCAUACCUGCUAGAGCAGGCACGGAAAGAAUGGGAGCAACAGUACGCAGCUGUGGCCCUGGAGCGGCAGCUGAUGAAGACCCUCCCUCACCUUCUCAAUGUCAACGAGGACCCGCAGCUCUCCGGGGUCCUCAAGUAUUUCAUUCAUGCCGCACUCGAUCCAGCAGACAUUUUGGCGGACGAGACGACAGCCACGGGUGAAGACCUGAGGAGCUCUGAAAACACCAGCCUAAGUCGGGAAGGUGGCGCCGCGAACAUUAGAAGUCGUUCCUCCCGUGCCACCGUCCCCUAUGCCUACUUACCAUCCCCUCCACCCUCCUUCCCCACACCCUUUGCUGGCUCUGGUAACAACUGUCCAUUCUUCUUUGAGAUUCAUGUUUUUGCUCAACACCAAAUUUCAGAUAAACAUGCUUCCUUCACAAAUUUGGAUGGUAAAGUGACAGUUACUCCAUACAGCAAAUGUAAGGUUGUCGUCAACGGUGUGCCUAUCGCAACCAGGACAAAGCUGCAUCAUUUGGACCGGAUUAUCUUGGGCUCCAGCAGUGCCUACCUGUACAUCGGGUUUCCUUCGGAGCGCAGUAGUGAGGACCUGAGCAGAUUUGACUAUGACUUUUUCCAGCUGGAGAAAGCGGCUGCCGAGGGAGUGAGUGUGGACACGCUGGGUGCUGUGAGCAGUGGAGGUGGCCACGCAGACCUCAGUGUCCUGGCUGUAUUCCAAGACUACAUCAAACUCAUGCCACUGGUUGCAGAAGCAAAUCAAAUGAGUGAAGAGCUAAAGAAGGGACUUGAAAUGGAGUUGAAGGUGAAGAAUUUAGCAGCAUCAGAUUCUAGGGGCUAUGACCUUCAAAAAGAGGUCAUGGUGAAGGUGACCAACCAAAGGACUCAUGAGGUGUGGAUUUGGUCAAAAGCCAAGUUUAUCAAUAGGAAAUUCCUAAUGGAGGAACUUUACCAGCGUUUUCUAGAUGGAGAGGACAGCCAUGUGGCCCGUAAGGACGAUCCUUUCUGGGAUCCUGUGGAGGUCAUCCACUUGGGCGCAGCCCACAUCUGGCUCCAGUCACUUGCCUACUGCAUGAAGUUGGAGGACCAAGUGGAGUUUCUGAACUGCGACGGGCUGGAGGAGGCAGUGCUGCACAUCCGCAUCAUCCCUUGCUCCCCAGCGGGACAAGCACACAGCGAGGAAGAUGUGGUUAUUGACCCUUUGGAACUCCUGGGCAAGAGGAUUGAUUUCCAGAUUCACAUUAUCCGUUGCCUGGGUGUCAAGUGGCUAAAGGAAGAUGCAAAGCGGGGCAUUCAGAUGGGUUACAGGAUUUAUGAUCUCCCAAUCACAUUAUACACCAAGCCUGUAUGGAAAACUGUGAAUCCCCAAAUUGAAGAGACUGUCCAAUUUGCAGCCUUCAACACAUCUCAGGAGUUUCUUAAUUAUUUACAGACAAAUGCUCUCAUAGUUGAUCUGUGGGGCCUCCAAGAAGGUUGUGCCGAGCUAAGCUGCUCUCAGCUGGAUCUCAGGGUCACAGGUGAAGGCCACAUCAUGCUAGACACCAAGAAAAUUCCCAUUGUGAGGGACACAGCAUCAAAUCAGACAUCAGAACUUUACCUGAAGGUGCUCAGAUUGGAGCAGGAGAUGGAACUCCUCCGGAACAGAAACAGAACCUUAAGAGAGGAAAACAUGUUUCUCAAGGACUCUCUGGAGAAAACUAGUUCUGACCAACAAGCUGGGGAAUUCUGUACAUUGGAAGAUGAUCAAAUGCUUCGGCCUUUCGUACACCAACAAUCAGAGAUGUUAAAGGACUUUGGGGACCUAUUUGAAAGCAGCCUGUGGAAACUGAAAAAUGACAUUGCUCUCAUAGUGAAAAAGAAGAGAAUAUUUACUGCAAGUCAAACAGUGAGAGUGCAUCAGGUGAAGCCUGCAAACACUUGA